AUGAAACCUCAAAGUCCCAAGAACAGCCUUCUUUACAAGAACUUCGAAAAGCACGCAGCUGCUCGCGUCGAGUCCGGAGCCGGCAUUUUCUUGAACAUUGACGAUGGAAGACGUAUUCUCGAUGCUACGAGCGGAGCAGCAGUGGCCUGUCUGGGAUAUGGAGACCGGGAGGUCCAAGAAGCCAUGAUUGAUCAGAUGCAGCAGAGUGUAUCAUACUGUCAUCCCGGAUUCUACACCACAGGACCCGCCGAGGAUCUUGCCGACUUUCUCGUCGACUCCACCGAUGGCCGCAUGUCCAAGGCUGUUCUUUGCGGAUCAGGUUCGGAAGCUGUUGAGGUGGCCGUCAAAUUGGCCAAGACAUACUUUGACAGCCGCAGGAGUCCCGAACCGAAGCGUACACGCUUCAUCUCCCGCAAUGGGGCCUGGCAUGGCGCAACUUUGGGCGCUCUGACUCUCGGAGACUUCAAGAAUCGCAAGGACCCGUUCAUGUCGCUGAUUCCCCAGAAUGCAUCCCGUGUAUCUGCAUGCAGCACAUAUCGCGGCUUGAAAGCGGGCGAAAGCGAAGAAGCAUAUGUGGAGCGCUUGGCUCAAGAGUUGGACGAUGAGUUCCAGAGGGUUGGUUCCCAUACGGUUUGCGCCUUCGUUGCCGAGACCGUGGGUGGAAGUGCGAGUGGCUGUGCACUUCCUGUCCCAGGGUAUUUCCGAGCGAUGAAAUCCGUGUGCGAGAAGUAUGGUGCACUGCUGAUUCUCGACGAAGUCAUGUGUGGAAUGGGUCGAACGGGCACUCUUCACGCCUGGGAGCAAGAAGGCGUUGUCCCCGAUCUUCAGGUGGUGGGCAAGGGCCUCGGUGCUGGCUACGGAACCAUCUCCUCCGUACUCAUCAACUCCUGGCUCGUCGAAGCGCUCCAAUCUUCCGGCAAGUCUUUUGCUCAUGGMCAGACAUACAUGUCCAAUCCCUUGGCGGCUGCAGCAGCGUUGAGGGUGCAAACCAUCAUUCAGAGGGAGGCCUUGGUCGCCAACGUUCGCGAGAAGGGCGAGUACCUUGGCAAGGUCCUUCGCGAGAGACUCUCCGAUCAUCCCUACGUGGGAGAUAUCCGAGGAAGGGGCUUAUUCUGGACGGUCGAGUUCGUCAGCGAUAAGGUGACCAAGCUGCCUUUCCCUAUCGCCAUGAAUUUGCACGGUCUACUGCAUGCGAGAGGCAUGAGCAAGGGCUAUGAGAUUGCUCUCUUCAACGCCUCGGGCACAUUCGAUGGGUACGCGGGUGACCAUUUUCUGAUCUGUCCACCAUACAUUGUCUCCGAGAUGGAUAUUGAUGAUAUUGUAAGCCGCGUCGUACGGGUCAUCGACGACACUUUUGCUGGUCUGACGCAAUUUGUGGCGUGA